UGUGUUUUUUUUUUUUUGCUGUAAAUGAUGCAGCAAAAUCGUAUAAAUUUUCAGUUAAUGUCACAGUGAAUCUAGAGAUUCUGACCCAACGUGAGUUCAUCCACAGCCUUCAUCCACACGCAGCAUCCUCAUGUUGAUUCACACCUCAGGUAAUUUUACACUGACAAAACAACAUGCCAGUGUUUUUGUGAAGCAGAAGGAAACCACAAGACUUGAAGGAAUCUCACAAGGCCCAGAAGCUUCAUCCGCAGAGCUGCCUUCCUGGUAUCAUCUGAACAGACGUUUGUGGACACCUGACCAUAAGGAGUGCUUAAUUACCCGAGACAACAUCUGAGUCUUCAAUGUUCCUGUUCCUGUAAUGUGCUAUGCAGAUGAUCUGAAAUGUACGACUUGUACCGCAAAGCCCUGGAACAUCUGAGAAGAACUGGCCCGGACUGGCAUGCGGUCUCUCGAUGCUCUGUGCUUGAGACGAAUGGAAAUGUUUGCCCUACAACUCUGAGAGAGAAAAGGAGAGAGAGAGAGAGAGAGAGAGAGAGAGAGAGAGAGAGAGAGAGAGAGAGAGAGAGGAGGAGUAGGAGACUCUACAGCGUGUCUCUCAUUGCGUUAUUGGACAUCUAGAAGACAGUUAUUGCCUUGCUCCUUGCAAUAAUUUGGCUGGAUCAAGUCCCUCGUUCUUGCUGGUGUUUGGGGUAAAAAGAUUCCCAGGGAAUGGAGCCGAUCAGCGCGCCUCUGGGCUCGGCACCGGAAGCCAGCUCUCCUCCGCACUCCAAACGGGACGUGUCUCCAUUCUCCGGCGGCGCGUCGCUGAAGCCCAACCAAGUGAGCGAGACGUCUCUAUACGGUGUCCCCAUCGUGUCUCUGGUGAUAGAUGGUCAGGAGCGGCUGUGCCUGGCCCAGAUCUCCAACACUCUGCUAAAGAGCUACAGCUACAACGAAAUUCACAACCGGCGCGUCGCCCUGGGUAUCACGUGCGUUCAGUGCACGCCAGUGCAGCUGGAGAUCCUGAGGCGCGCCGGCGCCAUGCCCAUCUCCUCGCGCCGCUGCGGGAUGAUCACCAAACGCGAGGCGGAGCGGCUCUGCAAGUCGUUCCUGGGAGCUCACUCUCCGCCGAAGCUGCCCGAGAACUUCGCGUUCGACGUGUCUCACGAAUGCGCGUGGGGCUGCAGGGGCAAUUUCAUCCCGGCCAGGUACAACAGCUCGCGAGCCAAGUGCAUCAAGUGCGCGUACUGCAGCAUGUACUUCUCGCCAAACAAGUUUAUCUUCCACUCGCACCGCACGCCCGAGUCCAAGUACACGCAGCCAGACGCGGCGAAUUUCAACUCCUGGAGGCGCCACCUGAAACUUGCGGACAAGCUCGUGCCCGACGACAUUUCCCAUGCUUGGGAGGACGUGAAGGCCAUGUUUAACGGCGGCAGCAGGAAAAGGACAAUGCCCGGAAGCGGGUGCGAGAUGUCGUCUCUCAAAGCGCAGGGUCCGAGCCAUGUCAGGCAGCCCGCGUCCCCGGAAAUCCCGCACAAAACCCUGCGCUGCGACGACGAGCGCGCGAACCUCGGCCUCUCCAGCGGCGCGCACCGGAAUUACCCGGUCAUUCCGGUCCCCAGCAAAGGUUUUGGCAUGCUCCAGAAAAUACCACCGCCGCUCUUCCCACAUCCGUACGGCUUCUCCCCGUUCGGGUUGUGCCCGAAGAAGGACGACGUCACGAACGAGCAAAGCAAAACGGGCGUACCAGGUGUGUUUUGGGCAGGCACGAAGGACAGCCUGUACCCCUCGUUCCCCAUGUUCUGGCCCACGUCGGGCGCUCUGCCACUGCCGCCCUAUCCUCACGCACAACAAAAGCAGCCGCACGAGCUCACCUCGAGCCGCCAGGCCGAGACAGAUGUCUCCGAGCACGAGCGUCCGAGGAGCAGCACUCCCAGAGACAGCGAGCGCUGCUCGAGCUCCCAGUCGCUCGAGGACAAGUCGGCCGACGAGCUGAGGCCGUCAGAGGGUCACGCGGCGUCUCCGCCACGGAAAUCCAGCUACGUGUCCGCCUUCAGGCCCGUGGUCAAGGACGCGGAGAGCAUAGCCAAGCUCUAUGGCAACCGGGACGCGUACGCGGGGCCGCCCGCGGGCCACCUGUCCCCGGACUUCAUCAGUGACACCUCGAGCUACAGGUCCGCCUCGCCGGAAGUCGAUAGCGGAGGAGAACAGGAAGUGGACGUGGAGUCCAACCGGGAGACGCACGAUGACGACGAGGAUUCCGUGCAGCUGUCCGUGGAGGACCGGCAGAGUCCAGUGAGGCAGAUCGUGCCCCGGCUGGGUCAUGGAGAAGACGUAAGGGAAAGCAGAGAAGAAGUAGAGGAAGAGGAAGAAGAUGAUGAUGAGGAGGAGAGACACGAGACCCCAGAGAACACAGAUGAAGAUAGGCUGAGUGACAGAGCGCCAAAAAGUGACAGCACUCCAACAUAUGAUGUGUGUGUUGCUGAAAAGGACGCAGGACUUGCAAUGAACUCACCUCCUGUUCCAGCACCUAAAUACCCUCUGAUCCAGGAAUCACACAAUUCUCACAGAUUCAGUCAUGCUCCAGUACUAGAGGACGACUGGGAAUCGCAGAAAUCCCGUCACGAACAAAUCAACGUUUCGAAAGAAUCUGAGAUUGAAGGCGCAUCGAGGACUGAUGGCAGAUUCCAGUUUGUUGAAAAAGAUAUCGAGCACAUGGCGAAAGAGGAACUCCAAAAACAGCUGGUGGAGCAAAUGGAGCUUAGGAAGAAAAUGGAACGGGAGUUUCAAAAUCUAAAAGAUAAUUUUCAGGACCAGAUGAAGAGAGAGCUGUCUUAUCGAGAGGAAAUGGUGCAGCAGCUGCAAAUAGUUAGGGACACUUUGUGCAACGAGUUGGAUCAAGAGAGAAAGGCUCGAUAUGCAAUUCAGCAGAAGCUAAAAGAAGCUCACGACGCUUUACACCACUUCUCCUGCAAGAUGCUCACUCCACGCCACUGCACAGGAACGUGCACUUUUAAACCUCCUCUACUGCCACCUUAAUCGAAUUUCCCACGCUGGACCACUACAACGGAUUUUUACACUGCGUGAAAAAAACCAAAAGACCUCUCCAAUAAACUUAAAAGCACUGAACUUUCCGAGGACCGAAAAACGUGCGACAGUCUCAAAAACUCGAAUGGCAUCUUUUUUUUGGCGUUCUGCACAGACAGGACAUGAAACGUACAAGGACAAGUCGUCUUGAAAUCCAGCAAGCCAGCAGAACGAUGAGAGUCAAAGAGUGGAACUGUUUCGAAAUAUAUGUACAAUAGAAUAUGAAUAUGAACUCAGUCGAAGCUUCUUUUUUUUGUUCGUUUGUUUCUUCUCCUUCCUUAAAAUGCCACGAAUACAUAAAGUGGUGCUGUGCAAUGAAUUGUGAAAUCUCACAACGUUUUAAAUGGUCACUAUUUGUGUGUUUUUAUGUUGUAUUUAUUCCAAAUUGAUUCACUGAUGUGCUCUCCCACAUGGAUUGUAUCUGUAUAAGCACUUUAAAAAAAAAAAAGCUAAAAUGAUAAAGACCUACCUAAUCCCAAAUUGAAUCUACCUUCAAUUAAAGAUGUUUACCAUGUUCCUGUGUACAGAAUAAAAUCUGACCAAGCACUUAGUCCACCUUUUCCUGAUACAGAGCUCAAACUUUUGGGGAAAUGGUACCAAUCUACAUAUAUGUGAUUAAUCACCUGUGACUUUUGAAGUGUAUUUUCAAGAAUAAAAUGGCUCCUUUCUUCAUUA